AAGAGGAGGAGGAGGAAGGAGAGUUAAGGUCAGCUAGAGAGGGAGGUCAUAAAUCAAUUCCACUGCAAACUCUUCUCAAGCAGGCUUUCGCAUCUUCGUCUGCACCCACUUCCACACGGCUCUCUCUCUCUCUCUCUCUCUCUCUCUCUUUCUCUGUGUACUGAAACUUCCAGACUUGGCGAGACCCAGAGGAUGGGGUACGACAAGACCGUAGCGAGGAACAUGAGCCGGAUCGAAGCACGGAAGCUCAGCGUGGCGUUGCUGGCAGGAUGCUGCCUUGUCAUACUGACAUAUUUCAUUUCCAUGUCCGAGACCACCGUUGAUCAGCAGCCAUCUGAAGCCUUCGGGGUCGGCGCCGACGAAGAGGUGGAAGAACAAAUGUUGAGCUUACAAAAGCCAGAAAGAGAAAAGAAGACGGAGGAUGCGCAUGAAACUAGUGCAGAGGAGAGGGUCCAUGACGACAGUUCUUCUACUAUUACCCACGCAACUGCGAAGGAAGAACCGACAGAAACCAAUAAACCGAAUGAGGUUUUGAUUGCUGCUGAAAGAAGCGAUGGUGAGAGGAUUCAGAUGAUGAAGCCCCCGGCGGAGCCAAUAUGCGAUUUUUCGAACCCGAGAACAGAGUUCUGUGAGAUGAAAGGUGAUGUUCGAAUCCACGGCAAGCCUUCCUCUGUGGUGUUUGUUUCUCCUCAGCAACAAAGCAACGAAUGGAAGAUUAUGCCAUACGUUCGGAAGCAAAUGGAAAACAUCGAGAAAGUCUCAGUAAGAACAGCAAGCAGUCCGGAAGGAGUCCCCAGCUGCACCAUCAAUCAAACCGUCCCUGCCAUUGUGUUCACACUCGGUGGAUUCAUCGGAAACUACUACCACGAUUUCACCGAUACACUGCUCCCUCUGUUCAUGACCGCAAGGCAAUUCGACGGAGAAGUCCAGUUCCUGGUCACCAACGUCCAAAUGUGGUGGUUCGGCAAAUACCAACAGAUCAUUAAGAGGCUCACCCGGUACGAGUUCGUCGAUCUCGACAACAGCGAUGAAGUCCUCUGCCACCCACAUGUGAUGGUUGGCCUCCGCUUCCACAAUGACCUGAUGAUUGAUCCUGCACGAGCUCCCAACGGGUACUCGAUGACCGACUUCACCAAGUUCGUGAGGUCCGCAUACUCCCUGGAGAGAGAGUACGCCAUCAGCUUGAGGGAACAGCCCGACAGGAAGCCGAAGCUCCUCCUCGUAACGAGGAAAGGGAGUCGAAGGUUCACAAACGUUCCGGAGAUUGUUGCGAUGGCGAAGGGGUUGAACUACGAGGUGGUGGAUGAAGACGCAAGUUUCGGGGACGUCGCCGGCUUUGUCGGUAUGGUGAACUCCUGUGAUGUGAUCAUGGGUGUGCACGGUGCCGGGCUCACCAACUUUGUGUUCCUGCCGAUGAACGCUGUGUUGGUACAGAUAGUUCCUUGCUGCGAGCUGGAAGCCAUGGCCACGCACACCUUUGGAUUCCCAUCCAUGGCAGCGAGGCUUCACUACUUGGAGUACAACAUUACCGUCGACGAGAGCACUCUGCUACAGUUGUAUCCCAGAGACCACGCUGUGUUUACGGACCCACAGUCGAUCCACAAGCUAGGGUGGAUGGACAUGGAGAAGAUAUACCUGCGCAAACAAGAUGUGAAGCUUGACGUGAACAGGUUCAGGCCCGUCUUGCAGAAAGCCAUGGAUCUUCUCCGUCGAUAGGAACAAAGCUUUUCUUUUUCUUCUUCUUUUUGAUGAUCAAUUACUUGCUACCAGUGGUUGCAUCACUUCUGAAUUUGUUUUAUCUUACGAAAACAAGGAAUAUUAAUGUG